GCAUUCCUACACUCUCUGCAGUACCGGAAGGCAGCAUCUCAGCUGACAGCUACACCCGGAUGAUUCCGUCGCUCCAGUAGCAAAAUCAGCGACAGACUAAUCAUACGCCUCCUGUCACCCUAAACUGAGCAGUGACCCAUUUCAACAAAAUGAUCGCAGAGUUAUCCAACCCGUCCGUGUGUAUGAAGGACCCUCAGAGGGUGCAGGAGAUCCUGGAGUCCAUGGUGAAGGCUGGUUCCAACACCGUGCAGGUGAUCUCUGAUUUUGACAUGACUCUGACAAGAUUUGCCUAUAAUGGCAAAAGGUGCCCGACGUGUCACAAUAUUCUUGACAACAGCAGACUCAUCUCCAAUGACUGCAAAGUGGAGCUGAAGGAGCUGCUCGACACAUACUACCCGAUAGAGAUCGACUGCACACGUCCAGUAGACGAAAAACUGCCUCUCAUGGUGGAGUGGUGGACUAAAGCUCAUGAAAUACUGGUACAGCAGGAGAUUAAGAAAGACCAACUGGCGGUUGCGGUACGGGAGUCCGAAGCUAAGCUGAGAGACGGUUACCAGCUCCUUUUUGACCACCUGCAUGAGCACAGCAUUCCUCUGCUCAUCUUCUCAGCUGGAAUAGGAGAUAUUCUAGAAGAGGUCAUUCGACAGGCGGGAGUCUUCCACCCCAACGUCAAAGUCUUCUCCAACUACAUGGACUUCGACGAGUCUGGAGUUUUGAGGGCUUUCAAGGGAGAGCUGAUCCACAUCUACAACAAAAGGGAAGGUGCGCUGCUCAACACCGGCCACUUCCAGGAGCUGCGCACGCGGCCCAACGUGCUCCUGCUGGGAGACUCUCUGGGUGACCUGAACAUGGCCGACGGGGUGCACGACAUGGAAAACAUCCUCAAGAUCGGUUUCCUCAAUGACAAGGUGGAGGAGAGGAAACAGUCCUACUUGGACGCGUACGACAUUGUGUUGGUAAGAGAUGAGACCUUGGAAGUCCCUAAUGCUGUAAUGCUCUACCUUACUGGCAAUAAGUGAGCGGAGAAUAUCACUGGCCCCUUUUGUAUUUCACGCUCCAGCCCCCUUGGUUAGAAAGUAACAGUUGAAUACUUAUUUACAGGCAACUAAGAACGUUUCACGAUCAUUUCAUCCACUAGUCCGGUCAGCCGCAUCCCUUUGUGUUUCUGGUAAAACUGUUUGCAGCACAAGCUCGAUUUGCACCGUUUACCUCCUCCGCAUCAUGUAAAGAGUGUGCGUGCGUGCGUGUGUGUGUAUGGUUAUGGGUGUUUUUUUUGUCUGUUUGUUUAUGGAAGAGAUUAGCGUGGUGUCUGCAUAUAGGGUGUAAUGAUAAAGGGAAAGAAAACGCACAACACGAAAGGCAGAACUUGACUCGGCAUCCGGUUUACAGUCUUUUACAAUAAAAAGCUCAUCUCUAGCUAAUUUUACCACAAAGAUUUUUUUUAAAAAGAUUUCAUGUUUUCUUACAGUGUCGAGUCUUUCAUGUUCAGGUCAUAUUGUCAAGCAAACAGCAGAUUUUAUGAAAACGGUUGUUUUUAUAUUGUGUGAUACCACAAUGUUACCAAGUGGUGAACUGUGACAACAACAGCUGACUUUAAGAGUAAAAUAAAUGCAUAGUUACUUUUUUUUAAAGUAUGAUAGGUGGUCAGUGAGCGGUCAUGUUAUUUGUAAGAAAAAAGAAAACUUAAUUUUCAGAAACAACAAGUCAAAAGUCAUUUUCCACAUUAAUAUACAAAGUUGAAUUAGAUUACAUCUUAAUUUAUUUUAGUAAUUUGUGGGCUAUGUGCCAGUCCGUAGUGCAUUUCUUGUCUCCUUUGGUCACAACUCAUUGCAUUUUCAUAUGUUCCAACUUUUCUCAAAUAAAACCUGUUAAUGAC